AGAAUCAGAGACUGAUAAACACAAUGCCAGCAGCCAUGGAAGAGGACGGGGAUGGGAGAGCCUGUGUUUCUUUCCGCAAAGCAAUAAAGGAUUGAGAGGAAAAAACCAAAAGCUGAGAGAGUCACGGUCCCAGUAAGAGAGAAAAAGAGAGGAGUGACGGAGAGCGUCUCACUCCUCCGAGUUUUGGUUUUAUUCCUCGCCAUGGACGCCCCACUGAGAUCAUCAGUAUCUUUUGUUAGUCUUUGAAGCUUGUCUCCUCCGCCGAAAGCUUCCAUUUUUCCUCCUUUUCCUCGACUCUUCUUACCCUCUCAGCACGGCGGAGCUUAUCGCUGUCUUGUUGCUUUUCAUGUAGCUCCUGCCUCCUUUUUUUCUCUCCAUCAUGUACGUGUGUCUUCCUCCACUUGUUUAUGGAAUUCUGGAUCUUGGAUGGCCAAGUUUUUUGGAAGACGAAGCGAGCAGAGCAGCAUCUCGGCUCACCGGAGAUUCGUGAGUCGAAUUUCUUUGAGUACAAGGAGGAGAAAGCCUGUUGAAUUAAAGCUGGAUCCCCACUUUCGACUCCCAAUUCCCAACCGAAGAGGAGAAGAAAGAGAGGAAGCAGAGCAAAACGUUGGCUUUCUGCUCCACCCUCAUAAAAAAACUUUCUUUUCUCCCUCGCCGUCGGCCUCAGCCACGGCUUCUUCUGAGUAUGUUCCUCCGGCACGGGUGCAGCAACAGCAGCAGCAGCGAAGUUAUUCGAGGCUUGCCGGAAUGAGGAGCGGCGGCGGAGAAAUCGUGGAGGUGCAGGGCGGCCACAUUGUGCGCUCCAUCGGCCGGAAAGACCGCCCCAGCAAGGACAUUGUGCGCUCCAUCGGCCGUAAAGACCGCCACAGCAAGGUUUGCACGGCUAAAGGUCCUAGGGACCGCCGUGUUCGUCUUUCUGCGCACACUGCCAUUCAGUUCUACGAUGUACAAGACCGCCUCGGCUACGACCGUCCCAGCAAAGCCGUGGAUUGGCUCAUUAAGAACGCUAAAGCCGCCAUUGAUGAGCUAUCUGAGCUCCCUGCUUGGCACCCUUCCUCCGUUCAUGAAAUCUCCAACAAGAAGCAAACGCCGCCAAACGAACUCGCAUCUUCCGCGGCCUUCAGCUUCGGCGCCAGCAACGUAGCCAGCUCCAGCUUCCUUCCUCUUUCCUUAGAUUCCGACUCCAUUGCCGACACAAUCAAGUCAUUUUUUCCGGCGAACUCCGCUGCUGCCGUUCACGAGGACUCAAACAAAGUUCAUCAUUUUCAGGACCUCCGUCUCUCCCUCCAGUCAAUUCAAGAUCCAACCUUUGACCAUCCGAACCCAAUCCAGCACCACCAUUUCUCAUUCGACACUGGUUCGACAGGGUUCGCGGAUCAGAACCAGAGAAUGGUUUCAUGGAACGCGGCGGCCGGCGGCAGUGAAGGUGGCUCCGGAGUUUAUGCGUUUAAUGUGCCGCCAGUGUUGCUCGGCCAAGGCCAGCUUUCAACACAGAGGGGACCCCUUCAGUCCAGUAACUCAUCUUUACUUCGUCCAUGGAUGGAACCCAUUGAUCAACAAAUGCAGCAGGGGCUAAUUCCCGAGGUUUCCUCCGUUGGCUAUUCGUCCGGAAGCCGCAGCUUCUCGGGCUUCCGUUUUCCGGCGGGGAUUCACGCCCAAGAUGUUCUCGACGACGGUAUCUCCGAGAAGCCGUCUUCUGACUCCUCCGCUUCCCAUUACUAGCGAAUAUGUUGCAAUGGCGAGUCAAGGAGUCUUGUCUCCCCUGGUGCUCUUUAUCCCGUAAAUUUUUAUAUAGAGAUCAGGUCUCUGUUUGAUUGUUUGCAACAUUUUCUUCUCUGUGCUUGCUUUGAUUUUCGUUUUCGUCUGAGUUUCUUGUUCUCUAUUUUGUUCUGUUCCUGAAUGUUUGUGGACUUAGCUCCGUCCAACGUUCGGAAAUGUAUCCUGAGUAUGAGUUAUGUUUUGAUUUUUUUAGAGUUAGAAGAAGCAAAGCAAAAUGUUUGAAGAACCUCAGAUUGUUUUCAUGUUUAUUAGUUUUUUCGAGCAAAUAAAAAGUGAAUUGUG